CCUUUCAUAACCAGGCAUUGAUAAAUGUACCCUCUAAUAAAUUUUAUAUUUUUGCUAGAAAUUUUUGAUGUUUUUAAGUUGACAAUUCUUUUACAUACCCUUUUUAUCUGAUUUGCUUUUUCGUCGAUGGAAUGUACGAUCCUGGAGCUGUGCAGCGGUUUUAAAGAAUUGAAGUAUAUGGUGCCAUAUCAUAAAGGUAAGCCAUAGCGGCUGAACCACUGGCUCUUUCCCUAUAAUAACCCCUCACCGUCCAGUAAUAUAAUGGAAAGAAUGAUACAUAAGUAGGGGAAUUUGGCCCAAUACCCCUGUAGGACCGAGCUUCAUGAAUUUUACCCCCUCAAUUCAUUUCUUUUUUGAUCUACCCCUCCAAUCUUUUAAAAUCCCAAAAUACCCUUAUGUGUUAUUUUUUUUAUAUGUUUUUUUCUUUCCUUUCUUCGACUUUUCCCCUCCAUCUCUUUAUCCAUAACCAGACCUUAGGAGCCCUCUGUUUCCUUUCAUGAAUCGACCGGAUUGUAAGCAUGGAGACUGCGCGUUUUGAAGGAGAUGGUGAAGAGGCGACUCAGAGAGAAAACUGCAGGAUUUUAGAGAGCCCUAGGAGCAGAAGCAGAAGCAACAGGCAUUUCUUGCUGAGAGAUAUGUAUGAUGAUAUGAUGCUGGAUGGAGUACAGCCAAGUAGGGAUACAUUCCAUUCUGUCAUCAGUUAGUGGAAAGGUGCUUUCAUGUUUGUUAUCAUGGACUUUCAUUCUUUCUGGAAUUUUCCGUUUGGUUGAUUUUGUUUUGUUGCAGGUGGAUAAGCAAAAUGCUCAUUUCUUUGGUGUUACGAUCAACGAGCAACAAGCCGAGUGUGGUAUUGUAGUAAGAGUUACUUCAAAUGCACAAAGCAAAUUUAAGUUACUUUAUUUCGAGCAAGAUGUGAAUGGCGGUUAUGGUUUGGCCCUACAGAUGGAUAAUUGAUCCUCCUCUGGAGGUCAAUGUACCAUCAAAACGCACAUCAUGGCCUGAUGCCCCUCCUGAACUCCCUACCAAUGAAAAUGUAGUGUUGGGCAUCCAAGAGCAUGCUGUAAAGCAUCCUACAAAGACCCGCACAUCUAGAUCAAAGAGACGAAGCAAGAGAAAGCAUGACACAAGAACGGUGGACACACAGGUUGCUUCAAAGCAUUCUGAACAAAUUUGAAAAUCUUAGCACGAAGACGGCUAGAGAUGCAUGCUGCUGUGUGAAUUUUAGGCAUCAUUCUUCAGCAUCAUAAAAAAAUUUGAAUUGCAAAGGCUUAUUAGCAUAGAGGUAGAUGGCCUAACCUGGUAUAUGUGAAAAGAAUCCUUCACGCUGGGCCAGUUGAUAACAGGCAUUGGAGUUUGAAUUUUCACUUAAUUUUUCACAAAUUUUUUCUUUCUUUUAUAUAUUUUGUUUAGGAUAUCAGGAUUCUGGUUCAGCAUGAGGUAUGCCAGCAAAGUCUUGCCGUGUCUGCUACCUUGUAGGACUUUGUAUCCAAUAUGUUUCGAAUCUUAUACAUAAUCUUGGAACAUAGGAAUUAUAGAGUUGUGUUCAGCUGGAUUUUUGUAGAAAAAAAGAUACCAAAAUGUAA